CAAUUAAAGAGAACUGACUCAUUAUUAACAAUAAUAAACAUAGUGCGUGAUUCAUACAUAACCCAUCCUACCCUAGUUCUCACCUAACCUAACCUAAGCUUAGGAGCACACACGAUGAAAGCUUCAAAUAUAAAUACAACGUGACGUUUAGGCAUAUGCUGGGUCGUUCUCGAGGAUUAAUUUUGCUGUAAGUCUGAAAAAAUGACUGAACAUUCCGAGUCCGUAGUAGUUAUCAAAGCGAAACCUAUUCGCAAAGUUUUCAAGGCUCCCGUGAGAGCUAGCAAAAUUCCUCAAGAACUGCUGAACGAUCCUUUGCUAAACUCUGCCAUAGCAGCUUUACCGUCGAAUUAUAAUUUCGAAAUACACAAGACAAUAUGGAGAAUCAAGGAGAUAAAGGCGAAAAGAGUGGCACUCCAAAUGCCAGAAGGUCUUUUGAUGUAUGCUACAACAAUAGCUGACAUUAUUGAACACUUUACCGAAGCAGACACUGUUAUAAUGGCUGAUGUUACUUAUGGAGCUUGCUGCGUGGAUGAUUACACAGCACGAGCGUUAGAUGCAGAUUUUCUGGUUCAUUAUGGGCACUCCUGUCUCAUACCUGUGGAUCAGACCGCCGGUAUCAAGGUGCUUUAUGUAUUUGUCAACAUAAAAAUCGACAUCUCGCAUUGCGUGGAGUGUCUAAAAGUUACCCUGCCAAUCACCACAAAGUUAGCAAUGGUCAGUACGAUACAAUUCGCCACCAUGUUACAAGCAGCAGCGUCAGAGCUGAGAAGAGGAGGAUAUGAAGUCUCAGUGCCACAGAGCAAGCCGCUCAGUCCUGGAGAAAUACUAGGUUGCACAGCGCCGCAGGUCCGCUGCGCCGACGCGGUGGUCUACAUAGGUGACGGUCGUUUCCACCUGGAAGCCGCCAUGAUCGCUAACCCGAAGCUCAGGGCGUUUAAAUACGAUCCGUACGCGAAGAAGUUAACCGAGGAGUUCUACGAUCACGAGAGAAUGUUGAACACCAGGCACGAGGCGAUACAACGCGCCGCGGAGACCGGCAAAUAUGGCUUAGUGCUCAGCACUCUCGGUCGACAGGGCAGCCCGACCGUGCUGAAGACCCUGCAGAACAGAAUCGAGGCGUUGGGGAAGGAAAAUGUCGUGAUACUGUUGUCGGAGAUCUUCCCGGACAAAAUUAAACUCUUCGAAGGCAUCGACGCUUUCAUACAGAUUGCGUGUCCUCGACUGAGCAUCGACUGGGGUGUCGCGUUCGAGAAGCCCUUUCUCACGCCCUACGAAGGAGCGGUCGCCCUCAGGAUGGCGAAUUUCGACAAGGAGCGGCCAUACCCGAUGGACUUCUACGCCACGGUCAGCCUCGGCCCUUGGACCGUCAAUCACAAGGAGUCCGAGCUGAAGACACCCGAUGCGUGUUGCGGCAAAUGUAAAACGGACAAAUAAAGAAGCCGAUUGUCUCUGAAA